CAGGGGGCAAUGAUGAGUCUCUGUGCUGCUCACUCAUAAACUCUACCUCUGUGCUGCUCCGGUCGGAGUAAGGGUUUAACGCUAAUAAAAUAGCGAACAGUAUGAAGUAUUGUUCAAUCUGGUCGUAUAAAGCUUACUAUAGUUAUAUAUUGUCUAAAUAGGGUAUUAGGUUUGAUAUUUAAGCUGAACUGAUCAAUAAAACAUGACUGCCAACGAAGAGCAGGAGAUGGAGUUGGAAGCCCUGCGUUCGAUAUACGAAGGGGACGAAUGCUUCAAAGAGCUGAGUCCUGUCUCCUUCCAGUUCAGGAUAGGAGACCUUAACGAGACAAAAUCAUUCCUGCUGGAUGUCUCAUGGCCAGAGACGUAUCCUGAAACUGCACCUCAGUUAUCCUUAGAUGCCUUUUUCAACAACCGAAUCUCUCCAGAGACCAAGCAGUUAAUUAUCUCCAAGAUGCAUGAGCAGGUAGAGGCGAACCUGGGAAGUGCUAUGAUGUACACUCUGUUUGAGUGGGCCAAAGAGAACCAGGAGAUGCUGAUGGAGAAUCACCAGCCUGUAGUGUCUGCUGUGACCCUGACUUCUACCAGCGAUGUGAACAGUCCAGUCUCCUCUGGUAAGAAAAAGGAGAAGAAAGAACAGCUCACAAAGGCACAGAAAAGGAAAAUGAUAGGAAGAACUGAUAACAAAGGUGAAUUGCCCAGAGGUUGGAACUGGGUUGACGUUAUCAAGGUAAUUUGAUCACUAUAAACUUAUAUCAUGAGGGAAUGAGUUAUGGAUUAAAAACGAACCUGCUGAUGUGUGGUGUUUUCUCUUGUUUGUAUACUGCUGGUUUCUUCCUCUUUCAAACAGCAUCUGAGCAAAACAGGAGGAAAAGAGGAUGGCUAAAGGAACCGCUCCUGAACAUCACAUAUUGAAGGAGAGCCAGAUGGACUGAUGGAUAAGGAAAGUCUACCGUGACUUGUUUUUAAAGAAAGUUGAAAUGAGAUAAACUGAUGAAGCUGCUGUUUGUUUGUGAUGCUGAGGCACAUGACAUGAGCAUAAAAUAUAUCCUCUGCCAAUUAAUACCUCCUUGUAGAUUCACAAAAGUGACCGCAACAACGAGCACACGCUGUGCGAACAACAAAAGCGCAACAAAGUGUGUCAAAAAGAGUGUACUGAGAGCAGACUCUGCUCCUGUGUCUUCAUAUUAUGGGGCUUUUUUGACGCAGUUACAGGUCAACUAAACAACCGAUUGAUUUGAUUUGUAUUGGACAGUGUGUGUACAAAAUGGCAACAUUGAUAGUUUAUGGAGCAUUGUGGUUUGAUCAGGUGAACCUCAGUUUGUAUUUGUACCAGUUUUUAACCUGUUUUUUCUUCUUUGUUAUUUAUUGUGCAUAUUUUUUGACACAAUAUAAAAAUCUUUUUUGAAGGUUUAA